AUGGCGCGCGUCUACGCAGAUGUCAACCAGCAGAUGCCACGGUCAUACUGGGACUAUGAUAGUGUGAACAUCACCUGGGGAGUGUUGGAGAACUAUGAGGUGGUACGCAAGAUCGGUCGAGGGAAAUACUCAGAAGUCUUCGAGGGCAUCAACGUUGUCAACUACCAGAAGUGUGUCAUCAAGGUGCUGAAGCCGGUGAAGAAGAAGAAGAUAAAGAGAGAGAUCAAGAUCUUGCAAAACCUGUCUGGGGGACCCAAUAUUGUUGCGUUGCUGGAUGUUGUCAGGGACAACCAGAGCAAAACACCAUCUCUCAUUUUCGAGUACGUCAACAAUACCGAUUUUCGAAGUCUCUACCCGAAGUUUGUUGACUACGAUGUACGAUUUUAUAUCCAUGAGCUCUUGAAGGCGCUGGACUUUUGCCAUAGCAAAGGCAUAAUGCACCGAGACGUUAAGCCUCAUAAUGUUAUGAUCGAUCACGAAAACCGGAAGUUACGACUCAUUGAUUGGGGUCUUGCCGAGUUCUACCACCAAGGGACAGAGUACAACGUGCGAGUCGCGUCGAGGUAUUUCAAAGGCCCUGAACUUCUUGUCGAUUUCCAAGAGUAUGAUUACUCUCUCGACAUGUGGUCAUUGGGUGCAAUGUUUGCUUCGAUGAUCUUCCGGAAAGAGCCGUUCUUUCAUGGAAACAGCAACUCGGAUCAAUUGGUCAAGAUUGCCAAGGUUCUUGGUACAGAGGACCUAUUCGACUACCUUGAUAAAUAUGAUAUUGAGCUGGACCAAACGUAUGAUGAUAUCCUGGGACGAUUCCCAAAGAAGAGCUGGCACAGCUUUGUCACUACCGAGAACCAAAGGUUUGUCAGUAAUGAGGCCAUUGAUUUCUUAGAUAAGUUACUACGAUAUGACCACCAGGAGCGAUUGACGGCGAAGGAAGCCAUGGCUCAUCCUUACUUUGAACCUGUUCGAGCCAACGAAAGAGCGCGUGCCCUCCCUUCUAGUGAAGCCAGCUUGUCAUAA